GACCAACCUUGAAUAAAAACAUCCCUACUGCCCAUACCACCCUUAUCUCUUCUCUCCACCAAAGCUACCAUACAUUUAUAAGAUGCAAACGCCUCUCCUUUUCUCCCUUCUACUCUUCCUCCUGCUUGCAAUAGACGACGGCGACGCCUCUCCCAAGCAUGAUCUGGUACGGCAGUCGUGCGUCCACGCGACCUACCCGGCCGUGUGCCUGCGGACGCUGCGGCCGUACCGCAGCACCGCAGGCACUCCAUGGGAUCUCGCACGUGCAGCGGUGAAUGUGAGCAUGGCGCACGUGCGGAAGACUACGGAGUUUCUGACGAAGGCGAAGGGCAGCGGGCAGCGGGAGCGGGGAGCGUUGAACGACUGCGUGGAGGAGAUGGCGGACGCGGUGGACGAGCUGAGCAAGACGAUGUCGGCGCUGCAGGAGCUCCGCCGCGGUGGAGACUUCUGGUGGGAGAUGAGCAAUGCGAGGACGUGGAUGAGCGCGGCUAUCACGUAUGAGGACACGUGCCUUGAUGGAUUGGAGGAGAUUGGCGGGAAGGUGAGAUCCGAUGUGCGAAAGAAGGUUACUAAUGUGGGAAGGGUUACCAGUAACGCGCUUUAUCUCAUUAACCUCCUCCACGAGUAGUCCAGUAGUCUCUCUCUGGUCUAUCUGCAUAUAUCUAUUAGUGUAAGAGACAGUGAGAUCUGGUCUCUCUUGUUGUAGUACUACUACAAAAUAGUAGCGAUUGUGGUCCUCAUAUGUAGAGACGGCUGGUAGUGGAAUAAAUGUAAGUAUUUUCAUAUACUCCCUCCAUCCGGCUUAAGGAGUUCCGGUUGAGACGGACACAUGUUUUAAAAAAAUGUUUGAGUGUGUAAGAAAUGAAAUUUGUAGUGGAUGUUGGGACCCACUUUUAA